GAUUGUUGUAUCUGGAUCCCUUGUAAAUUCUGGGAUGCUUUCCUUACGACGGCAAGUGCAUCGUACAGCGCCUCGAUGGCUGCCAUCUUGCCAAAACCAAGGUCCUAUUCGCAGCAACAUUGCGCAUACACGUGCUGUUAAUACUACCAUCGAAGUAACCAAGUCCCGGAAUGGCGACAGCAGUCCUCGUGUCGUUUUCUCUGGUAUUCAGCCUACAGGCAUUCCUCAUCUAGGAAACUAUCUUGGUGCUCUAUCUAACUGGGUCAAACUACAAAAAAACGCAGGUCCAGAAGAUGAACUGAUAUUCUCAAUCGUGGGCUGGCAUGCUUUGACUCUCCCUCAAGAUCCCGUGGCCUUACGCGCUGCGAGAAGUGAUAUGCUAUCUGUCUUACUAGCUAUUGGCAUCGAUCCCAACCGUUCUAUUGUUUUUCAUCAAGACCAGAACCUCCAUCACACGGAGUUAUGUUGGAUUUUGAACUGUGUAACACCCCUUGGAAAGCUGCGCAGAAUGACUACAUGGAAGGCACGAUUAGCAGCAUCCAGAAAUGCCAAUGACGAGUCUGAAGUCGACGAAUCUCUCUUGAACGCUGGACUGUUCACUUAUCCCGUCCUCCAAGCCGCCGAUAUUCUUGCAUAUAGAGCAACGCAUGUUCCAGUAGGCGAGGACCAGCGACAACAUUUGGAGCUUUCACGAGAUAUAGCAGACAUAUUUAACCGCACUUUCAAUCAGGGACCACCUCUCUUUCCAUUACCGGAGUGUGUCAUUACCCCUUCAAAACGUGUCCUAUCUCUCAAAGAUCCAACGUCGAAGAUGUCCAAAUCUUCUCCAGACAUUCAAUCACGCAUCCUCCUCACAGAUACCGGUGCUCAGAUCAGAGCUAAGAUUCGUGGUGCCGUUACAGACUCGAUCCAAGGGGUCACCUAUGACCCUGUCAACCGACCAGGGACUUCGAAUCUCCUGACCAUCUUGGCUGCUUGUACGGACAGGGAGGUACUCGACGUCGCGAAAACAUACCAACACAAAGGCCAUGGCCAGUUAAAAACCGAUGUCGCGGAUGCAGUUGAAGAGCUAUUCAAACAUCCUAGAUCAGAGUUCGAGAAAAUCCGCGGCGAAGCCUCUUAUCUGCUCAAGAUAGCCAAAGAUGGAGCUGAAAGGGCCAUGACAAGAUCAGAACGUACCCUACUAGAGGUCAGGAGUCGCAUCGGUUUAUCUUGAUCAAAGCCAUCGACGUAUAGCUGGUGUCUACAAUAUAUAUUCAAUCAAAUAUUACAUAUAUUCCAUAUACAUACUCUGUUGCAUAG